CAAUACCCGUUACACAAGUGAGCACGGAACCCGCCAAGCCAAGAAAAAGCAAUGAAGUAAAGCGGAGCACUCGAGCGCCGCCCCUUGAAAAAAAAAAAAAUUCAAGCAUUCUAAUAAAUUAGAGGAGUUCUAGACGCUAUGCUCCUCACCUUUUAUCCGUAUUCUUUAUAGCUGAGAUACCUUUGUCUCGGAUUCAGCUGGCCUGACUCUCCCCAUUCCUUUUGUCCACUUUUUACAUUUCUACCAUGGCCACUAUGCAAGCUGCUGAGCAGACUAGAAGUCAACAGGCAACACCCAGACCGACUUCAGGCGGACGACCCUCAAGAUCACCUUCUUGCUCGACCGUUUCAUCAGGUUCCACCAAUUCGUUGGCCACACCCACCAACUGGAAACCCGAGCCUCUGAGUACGAAGGAUAAGCAACUCACAAUGGAACGCAUGAUGAUGAACCAACAGUCCCAACAACAGCAAAUGAUACAGCAACAGCAAGCACACAUGCAAUUAUAUAUGAGCAACAUUGUCUACGCCCAACACCAAAUCAAUAUGCAGCAAGAGCAUAUGGCCCACGGCUGGAACGCCGCCCCUCCCAUUGUACAUAUCCCUACGAGCCAAAUGCAGCGAGCAAAGACCAUUGAUAAACAUAUCAAGGCCACCAUGUUGCAAAGCGACGUACCUCAAUACCAAGAGUAUUCCCGUACUCGUCCCAAACCUCGUGUGGUUCCAUCGCCUGCUUCGGUUUUUGCUCAGUCUCGGAAAAAGGCUGAGGAGGAUGAAGAGGACGAUAAACCUCUGGCUUAUCUGCAGGAUGCAUCUGCUCAGAAGCUGCCAACCAUCGUCAAAUCACAGUCAUCUCCUAACCUAUCUGCACGAAAAGGCCCGGUGCCUACAUUAAAGUCCCCCCCUCCUGCGAAGAGACCAGCUCAGAAGCCACAUCGUAGAUCACCCCUUGCUGAAUAUAAUAUAGUGGCCCAACCAGACAACUCGGUACAAGACAAUGAUGAUCUGGACUACAUCAUUGACAUGUAUCAGGAUUUUAAAGUUAGUUAUGACACUGAUCAGAUUUCAGUGGUUUCAACAGGCUCCAAACCUGACUCUCAAAAAUCUGUUUUCAGCUGGCUGAAAGGUACCAAGAAGGUUAAAUCAUCAGACCGCACACACUUUAAACGAUAGAUGCAUGCACAUCUCAUCACUGCAUACUUUUCAUGCACUCAAGUUUUUUUCUUUCUUUGUACACGCAUUCAUCCGCUGAAGAGAUGACUGGCUCAUCAACAAUAAAGCAUUCAUUAAGAUUUUUAUAUAAAUACCUCUGCGGUCUAAGAAUAACU